GCCUCCGCCACAGCAGCCGAUGUUAUCCCAUCUGUCCGUGUCCUGACACGCUUUCUAGACAGUGAGAGCGAAGAACACCGAGGGAUUCAAACCAUGAAGGCCACCUUACUCGAUGCGGUGCACACACGUUUUGACCAUGUGGAAACUGAACCACUCUAUGCCGUGGCAACAAUGCUAGAUCCACGCUACAAAGGCAAGUUCUUCACUAAUGCUACCAACCUGGAUCAGGCAAAGGAGGCACUAAAGGUAGAGGUGAUGAAAAUGGAACAAGAACUGAAGACCAUGCCCUCUGGAGAAGGUGUGGCUGAGGCUGAGACAGCAAGGCAAACACCAGGAAUGGAGGCUGGAAGCUCAACCAGCAGCCUCGGCAGCUUCUUUGACGAGAUACUGGAGGAGAGCUGCGCAGCAAGUCCAUCUGAGCAGCAGAUCACCCCAGGGGCACUGUUUCAGUUGGAGAGCUACCUCAGUGAGCCUCCAGCUGGGCGUAAGAGCAAUCCUUUUCACUACUGGAGAGACAAUCAGUCUCGACUACCCGCCCUGGCAGCAACAGCAUCCAAGUUCCUCAGUGCUCCUUGCACCAGUGUUGAGAGUGAGAGGCUUUUUAGCACAGCCUCACUCAUCAUUGAUGAACACAGGAGCAGGCUGACACCUGAGCAUCUUGAAGUGCUCGUUUUUGUUAGAAAGAAUCUCCCCAUUAUGCUCGGACUGCAGUCAGGGGGGGCAAACAAUUGAAGGGAGUGUGUAGUUUUUUUUGUUUUUUUUUCAAGUUUACACUUGUUCAAGAGCAAGUAUUGAUGCUAAGUUGUAGACAUUUUAUCCCACUCAGGUUGUUUGUGUGUUUUGCUUUUUUAAAUAAUGUUUACAGCAUUAUUUGCACUUUAUACUGUUCACUUUUUUACUGUUCAAUGAUGCCAUUUCUGUUUGUCAUGUAUAAUUUUGUCUAUUUUGUGUUUAUCCUUGAAUAAACAAGUCAGUUUCUUGUUACCAACCAUUGUGUAUUAUUCAAACUCACCUAAUUCAGCUGGCUAGUUGUUAUCAAGAGUAC